GAGGCGUCUGACUUCAUUGCCUGUUCCCCCAAACAGACUGUUGGAUUGGCGCAAUCCUUGGGGGAGAGUGAGUUUGUGGGGGGCCUCCAACGAGAAGCGCAGCAAGCGGGACUGCAUAUCAAUGUUGGUAUUCAUGAACCCACGGCGGGUGAAAGGGUAAAGAACUCCUCGAUCUGGAUUGAUGACAGGGGAGUCAUCACUCAACGGUACCACACAGUGCAUCUCUUUGAUGCGACUACGCCAGGAGAAAGCACGACUGUGGAAAAGGGAAAGGGGAUAUUGCCGGUGUUUGAGACCCCAGUUGGCCGCGUCGGCUUACUGAUUUGCUUCGAUCUACGCUUUCCAGAGAUUAGUCUGGCGUUGAGGCGGCAAGAUGCUCAGAUCAUCAGCUAUGCCUCGGCGUUUUUGGCUCAGACGGGACCUGCGCACUGGGAGACCCUACUCCGGGCUCGAGCCAUUGAGACACAAUGCUAUAUUAUCGCAGCGGCACAAGCUGGACAACAUAACAAGGGAAGAGCGAGUUACGGCCAUGCAAUGAUUGUAAAUCCUUGGGGCGAGGUGGUGGCUAAACUUGGAGAGGAGCCCAAAGAACCUCAAAUUGCAACUGCGGAGAUUGACUUUGAUUUCUUCUCAAGAGUCAGGACGAAGAUGAGGUUGUCUAGAGGGGUCCAUGGAUCCCCAGUCAAAAUUAUAACAUUUCUACCACAUAGUUAG